GCUUUUCGGUGUAAAUUUUAAAUUGACCGAUCACCCCAUGGCGAAUUUUAUCCUUCUUUGUACAUAGGAGUUUUAGCUCUCGUACCAACAUGUUUUGGCCUGUCUUCAGAGCCGAGGCUUGGAAAUGGAGACUCUUUUUAGCUUGUGGCUCGGCAAACCUUGCAUCGUCUCUACCUGGAGGCUUUGUAAACGCAGUCCUCAAUACACCAACAUCAAUCAUCAAAAGUUGGUGUAAUGAAUCUGCCAUAUAUCACUACAAUGUUAUUUUCAGUGAGAGACAGUUGAACAAUUUGUGGUCUGCGGUUGUCUCUGUUUAUUUUGUUGGUGGAAUAAUAGGAGCUUUAAAUGGCAAAAUAGCAGAUAGAAUUGGCAGGAAAGGUGGCCUGGUUCUAAGCGGAUCUUUAUUUUUAUUCAGUGCUCUCUUAGCUUUAUCAUCGAAGACGCUCAACUCGUUUGAAGUUCUAAUGCUGAGCCGGUUUAUUUCAGGAUAUGCAACUGGAUUAACAACAGCUAUUUUACCCGUUUAUUUAAAUGAAAUUUCUCCACCAGAACUAAGAGGUACUACAGGAGCUUCUGCCAGUUUUGGAUUUUCGCUUGGAAUCUUCCUGGCACAAGCUUUGGGAUUCAAAAUGAUAUUAGGCACAGAAGAUUAUUGGCAUUAUCUUUUAAGCGCAUAUAUACCUUUAAUCCUACUAGCAGCCUGUGCUGUUCCAUUUCUCCCUGAAAGUCCUAAGUAUCUACUUUCUAAAGGGUAUAAUAAGAAAGCCAGGGAAGAAAUGUCCAAGUUGAGUCAAACGCCGAUGGAUAUUGUCAAAGAUUUAGAGGAGGAGGAAUCUAAUGUUCAGGACUGGUCUUUGAUGAGACUUAUCAAAGACAAGAGUCUAAGGCCGAAAUUAAUUCUGACAUGCUGGAUAAUGAUUGGCCAACAAUUUGCUGGGACUGUGGCUGUAUUCAACUAUUCCAUGAAGAUUUUUCAAGAUGCAGGAUUAUCAGAGUUGCAGUCACAGUAUGCGAGUCUGCUAACUGGGUGCAAUAAUUCUAUUACUGCAUUGUUAGUGAUUUAUGUUAUCAAAAUUUUCCCAAGAAGGACUGUACUAAUAACAAGUAACUGUUGUGUAAUAACAAGCCUAAUUUUACUAAGUACUUCAAUAGCUUGUAAAGAUGUCUAUUUUUGGAUGCCUUAUUUGUCAAUAUUCUCAAUAGUAACUUUUAUAAUUUCUAACGGCAUGGGAUUAGGGCCAAUACCGUUUUUCCUUGGAUCAGAACUUUUCGACUUGGGGCCGAGAUCAGCGGUGAUGUCGUUAGGGACGUUCGGCAACUGGUUAGCUGCUCUGAUUGUAUCACACUCUUUUCUUGAGCUAAACUUGAUUUUUGGGCCGCUAUCUUUCCUUUUCUACGCAGGACAACUAUUAAUUUUGACUUUACAUAUCAUCCAUUCAUUACCUGAAACAAACUCAAAAUUUUUG